AUCGCGCGCUUCGGCGCCGCCUGCCUCGGCAGCGUGGCCCUCUGCCUCUUCCCGCUGCACGCGGCGGAGCUGCCGUCCGCCGAGAUGCUCGGCGUCGCUGUCGUGAUCACGUGGACCGUGUUAGCCGUAUACGUGUUCGGCGCGCUGCCGCGGCGUGGCGCGGUGCGGCUCGACGAGGACGAGGACGAGGAGGGCGUGACCGUCACAGACUUGUAG